GAAGGGGAAGGAAAAAGAAGAGUAUAAUUGGAUCAUCUAUUAUAUCCCCUUCUUCUUAUUCUCUAUUUCUCAUUAUUUUAUUUUGCUUUACUCUCUUUAAGUCUCUCUCUCUUUCCCAUGUCUUAGUCCAACUUCUUUUCUUUUCCUUCCAUUUACCUCUUCUCAGAUUGUCCCUUUUUCAUACUUCUCUCCCCCUCUGCUUUCCUCUCUUCCCCUUCCAUUUAUCUCUCCUUAGAUCAUGUCCCUUUUCAUAUUGUGUUCCUCUCCCAUGCCUUGCUCUGCCUCCCAUUCUCUCCCUUCACCUCUCACCACACUGCCAUUCAGGUGGGUGUGACAACAACAGGAAAAGAGGCAACAGAGAGCGAAGUGAGGCGAGUGGUAGCAAUCAAUGGUGCCACACUCACCCUAGACUCAGCACUCAAAUUCCAGCACCUUGGGGAGAUACACACGCUGUCAGACGGCACUUCCAUCACACUGGCUGGGGAGGUCAGUCUCCUGAGCCGGAACAUUACGGUGGAAGGAAUCACGGAGAACAGCAACGGGGGAAGAAUUCUGGUCUCCACAGUCUUCCAGAAUGGCAAGCAUUAUGUUGGCGAGUCUGGAAGAUAAGCUGACUGGUGAAGCUUUGGUUCGGCCCAAGUGGAUGGCGUGGAGUUCCGUAACAUGGGGCAGGAAGGCUUCACUGACAUCACUGACCCACGCUACUCCAUUGCCUUCCUGGGCCUUGAUGCCAUUGGUGACCAUUCUAGCUACGUCAAGAGGCAUAAGAGACGAGACAGGCUCCAACACCUACAGGUGGAACCUCAUCACAACUGUGUUCUUCCUGGGGACUUAUGAAGACAGACAGGAAACAGAGAACUUGAAUUGGAGUGGUGCCUUUCAGCUGGACAAUGCACCCAACACUGUACUGACUGGCAAUGUUGUUGCUGGUGCAGAACAGGCUGGCUACAAGACCCUUGGAGAGCUGUGCAAGGACACAACUUGGUGGAUGGGGAAUGAAGUGCACAAUGCAAUUUAUGGAGUCAUGCUAUGGAAGAAGGGAGGCACGGGGCCACUGACAGACUGCUGCAGACUCAACAACUUCUACACCUGGAGAAUCUCAGACACAGGCUUCUAUGUCCAGCACUAUGCCAGCUCCCUCAUCACUAAUGUUGUCUCUGUGGACAGUCCCCUGGGAGCAAUGCAGAUCAUCUAUGAGCCAGAUUCACUGAGUCACAAGUUCCACCCCAAGACAGCCAAUGCCAGUCACUCCCUGUUUGUGGGUGUCUCCCCAUCACACACUUGUGAAUACCAGGCAUCCAAGUCCCGGAUAAUGAAGUUCUAUGGAGAUAAAUUUUUUGGCGGAGGCGUCGGCGGAGGAAACACUGGCAUCCUCUUAGCAUCAUUCACCUCUGGAUCUAAUAUGGCACCUCUCAUGACCUUCAGUAACGCUGGCACUUACCCAGCACUCUACGGCUCCACACACUUUGAGGGUCUCACGUUCCACAACUUCCGUGACACCGACUGCGGGCGAGGCAUUGCUCUCAUGGUGAACCCUCAGUCAGAGGACGCCAACCACCCCGCGUUUGUCAAGGGUCUCUUGUUCCUCAACACACCACAGGAGAGCUACAUGUACAUUCCUAGGCCCAACUUGAGCAGCAUUGAUCCGUCAGAGUGUGUGGAUAUGGACUGUGAUGGACUAAAGAAGGUGGUGGUGACGGAUGUUGAUGGAUCUCUGCUGGGUGAAAAGGAUGCCACAGUAAUCUCUCAGGCUGACUGGGAGUGGGACGGAGAUCCUCGGAGGGGCAUUGGAGAUUACCGCAUUCCUCUUCCAAUCAGACAGAAUCCUGACGGAUCCCAGAUUGAGGCAGCUGACAAGUUUCCGAAUAAAGGCAUUGUCCGUGAUGCUUCCUGUGCUGUGGUUCCAUCGUGGCAGGCAUGGAAGUGCUUCUCGCUGCGUUGCCGCCUCAUGAUCAUUGAGAGCAUAGACACAGACACAGAGGUGCGGCGCCUCUCCCCCAUCGCCCUCAUUGCCAACCCUGCAGCCGCAGCCUUCCCCGGCAGCUGCACCAUCCCAGGCAGGCAGGUCGGUGCGGCCACGGGAACUAUGCCACAAAAUCUUAAAAGAACAUAAGGCAAGAUGCAAGAAGCCAGUACAGCAGCACAUGGCAGCCCCUUUAUAAAAAUAUAUUUAUCCUUAUCAGUCUAUAUUCUCUAUCCAUAGAUUUAUCUAAUAUUCUUUUAAAGUUUCCCAUUGAUUCUGCUCUAACGACCUGACCAUUGAGUUUAUUCCAUUCACUUGUCACUUUACUGGUACUGCAUUUGAAAACCAAUCCCUUCGCGUAUUUAAGAACCAAUUCUCUCUUACCUGAAGUUCAAGCAAAUGACAUCAUAAGUGCCUCCGUUAUCUACUGCUUCAGGAGUCUUCUAAAAUCUCCUGCGUGUCCCCUCCCACAGUAAAGGCUUACUUUGAUUCUUCAGUUAAGCAUUGUUUAUCUAAACGAUCCCUUAUUUUCCCUACAUUGAAAGCCCCGAGAAACUGACCUACAAUUGAAGUCACAUUGACCGAACGAUGCUUUGACAUUAACAUUUUAUCUACGUUCCCAAAAACAGGUAUUCCAUUACGCUGUCUUAAGACUAAGGCACCUCUAAAUCUUCCGAUGUUCUAGAGCUGGUAUACUCCAGUAUUUUUCUUUCCAAUGUAAGCUAAAAUAUUGAGAAUUGAAAAUACGUUAACACCAGAUAUAGUUUCAGUUAUUGUAAUUUUUCAAUACUGAUAUAAUGACAGGGUGUGUGUGUGUGUGUGUGUGUGUGUGUGUGUGUGUGUGUGUGUGUGUGUGUGUGCGUGUAAGAGAGGCAGGCUGCAUGCAUUGUAUUAACGUGUGCAUUGCGGGCUUGGGGAGUGACUAAUAUUGGCAAGAGGUGAUCAAUGGUGGUGUGGAGGCCUGUGGGGGCGCGGCCACCUGAGGAGAGCCGCCAGGUUAUGUGCUUAAAGGUGCC